AUGCCUUCCACUGCUAUGUCGUCCAUCCCAGUUGCACUCACUUAUGAUGACGUCUUGCUCGUUCCCCAGAAAAGUGACGUGCGUUCACGCAAAGACGUGAGUACCGCCACACGUCUCUCACGCAAUAUUAAACUUCAAAUCCCUAUUGUUGCCAGUAAUAUGGAUACCGUAUGUGAACAUCAAACAGCCGUUGCAAUGGCUCGUGAAGGUGGUAUUGGCAUCCUGCAUCGUUUCUGCAGUAUUCAAGAACAGUGUGAUAUGGUUCGUAAGGUGAAACGUGCACAGUCAUUUCUGAUUGAAAACCCUAUCAUGAUUACACCGAGUGGAACAAAGGAAAAUGCUCUUGAAGGAUUAAAUUGGGGUGGUAGAAAGGGAGGUGUUGGAUGUCUUAUGGUAGUGGAGAAUUUCCAAAACCGAAAACUGCUUGGUAUCGUAACCCGGCAUGAUCUCGUCUUGGCAGACCCAAGGGAUCCGGUAUCCGCCUUCAUGACCCCAGUUAAGGAUAUGGUACUCUCUACGAAUACAAGGAUUACUCUUGAAGAGGCCCGUGAAAAGAUGCGUAAGCACCGUACAUCCAAUAUCCCAAUUGUGGGAAACAAUGGUGAACUAAUUUAUCUUGUGACACUCUCUGAUAUUGUAAAGCUUACAGAAAAUAAGACGGCUUCUCUCGAUUCUCGUGGUCGUCUUUUGGUUGGUGCGGCCAUAGGUGUAAAGAGUGAUGAUAUUAAUCGUGCAGCCAUGCUUGUGGAGGCUGGUGCAGAUGUGCUUGUGGUGGAUAUCGCCCAUGGUCACAGUGCUCUCUGUAUAGAUAUGAUUAAACGACUGAAAGCAGAUCCACGUACACAAAAAGUGGAUAUCAUUGCAGGCAACAUCGCCACAGCGGCAGCAGCAGAAGAUCUCAUUCAUGCUGGUGCGGAUGGUCUUAAGAUUGGAGUGGGACCGGGCAGUAUUUGUAUUACACGUCUUGUGGCUGGUGCCGGUGUGCCCCAACUAACGGCUGUGAUGGAGUGUACACGUGUGGCCCAGAAGUAUAAUAUUCCAUGCAUUGCCGAUGGUGGUGUGAAGACUUCCGGUGAUAUUUGCAAAGCCAUUGCAGCUGGUGCCGAUACUGUGAUGUUGGGAAAUAUGCUGGCGGGUACAGAUGAGGCCCCAGGUCGUGUAUUAGUAAAGGAUGGAAAAAAAGUAAAAAUUAUCCGUGGUAUGGCUGGAUUUGGUGCCAAUCUAAGUAAGGCUGAACGUGAACGUACAUUAAAUGAAGAUGUCUUUGCAGAGAUGGUCCCAGAAGGUGUGGAGGGAAGUGUACCUUGCAAAGGACCCAUUGGCCCUAUAUUAAGACAACUGGUGGGUGGACUGCGGUCUGGAAUGUCUUAUUGCGGUGGAUGUACGAUUAAGGAAAUGCAGAAAAAGGCGAAGUUUGUUCGCAUGACAGGUGCUGGACUCCGUGAGAGCGGUAGUCAUGAUAUAUCUAAGUUGUGA